AUGUCGAAAAGAAAAGUCACGUUUGAAGAUGGAGAUGGGGAGUUUAAUUUGGAUGACGAUCUCCCAAAGAAGAAGAUGUAUGACGCGGUGAGCGGUCCAGGCUCCAGGUUUAAGGAGAAACACUCUUUAGACAGUGAUGAGGAAGACGAGGAAGAGGAUGGAGAGAACAGCAGCAAAUAUAACAUACUCGCCAGCGAUGAUGUUGAAGGGCAGGAAAUGGCGACGAUUGACUGCGAUGAAGGAGUGCCCAUCACUCCCUUCAAUCUGAACGAAGAAAUGGAGGAGGGGCACUUUGACUCGGAGGGGAAUUACUUUAUCAAAAAGGAAAAGGACAUCAGGGACAACUGGCUGGACAACAUCGACUGGGUGAAAAUCAAAGAGCAGCCGAUAAAGAAGAAAAAGAAGGGCCUCUCUGCUAAACGGAGACGAAGAGCAGGAGACGAGGACGAGGCGGAGGAAGAGCGACUGCGGGAAGAACAGCAGGGAGAAGAGGAGGAAGAUGAGGAAGAGGAGGAGAAAGAGCCAGAGGAAGAUCCAUUAGCCAAGUACAAUCUCUAUCAACUGACAGAAGCUGUGGUCGGCCUGCUGCUGCCCGGAGAGACCGUUUCCGCUGCCCUCCGCAGGUUGGGGGGGCUCGGGGCACGGAAAAAGAAAAGCCGGCUGAGGGACGGAGCGGAGGAAGAGAAAGACGAGACGACGAACAGAGACACUGAGAAGCUGGAGAAGCUGACGGCUCUGGCGGACAGACUGGUGGGUUUGGGCGAAUAUGAGAUCUAUCAGCAGACGUAUGAAAAACUGGCCUACAAGCUGAAGAACUUGCAGCAGGGAGCGGCCGCACAGCAGCCAGGAGAAAACGAGGAGGAGGAGGACGAGCUGGACAUGUUCGCUGAUAAGUUUGACGAGCGGCAUGGUGCGGAGAAAGAGAAGAAGGAGAAGGAUAACGGCAGAGUGAGUGACGAGGUGAUGUGGGAGUAUAAAUGGGACAAUGAGGAAAGCUCAGAGCUCUACGGACCCUUCAGCAGCCAGCAGAUGCAGGACUGGGUGGAUCAGGGCUACUUUAAGGACGGCGUGUACUGCAGACGGAUCGACCAGGAGGGCGCACAGUUCUACAACUCCAGAAGACUGGACUUCGACCUUUAUACGUGAUUCGACUUUACGUUUCCAAACCUUCAUUUUUCCCCGUUCAUCAGCUGUGAGAGAGAUUUCCGGAAUCAGCAUUUGCUCAGUGUUUCUCUGAAAUUCGAACAUGAUGGAAACCCUGAUUAAGUGUUUGUUCUCUUGUCUAACUAUUUGAUACCUGAGCGUGUAUCUUUGUUUUAAAAUAAAUUUUGGUGACUCACCAGAUCAGUGGC